AUGAACCAGCUAACAAUCGCGAUUUUCUGGCUGGCAUGCAUUAACUUCGCCUCUUCGACUUGCUGCACUUUUGCGGCGACUCUGCACUUCAAGAUCCGUGGCGGAGUCUGUGGAGUGGUGGGUGCGAAGAGCAAUGGCACUGGCUGCAAGAUCACAAUUUGCCCCAAUGGAGAGGCCCUCGUGGGAAGCUAUUGUGGCAAGGCGGCGUGCGAUGUAUUUGGAUGCCAAUGCAUUAGGGGCUGCCUUCAAGGAUCUUUUGCCAAGGACUUUUUGAAAAAGAACUACAUACACGGCAUCGAAUUGCUGGGCACAGAAAGGACCGAGCUGUGCUUUUUGUGCCAAUACAUACCUAAGAAGAUUGAAUUUGAAAUAAAUUAA